CAAGGCCUCGCCUUCUGCUUCCGCCAGCAAAUCGGAGCCUCUUAAGGAGUCUUCGAUGACAAAAUCUCAAGACAAAACUACAUCUCAUAAGGAGAUUUUGUCUGUUAUUGAUUCUUUAAAGAAGCAACUUGCUGCUGACCACUGUGUUUCAAUAAAGACAAGGGUGGAAGAAAAUAGGCAAAAGUUGGCUGGUGUCACGAACCAUAUAUAUAGAUUAUCACUGGAAAGAAGAAAUCACCUAAUAAGUAACAUCACAAACAGUGUAGAUCUACUAACUAGGAGGCAAAGAGAUGCAUUUGGGGUGCAAAGUGGUAUUGAUGCAAGUGAUGGGGAUAGGGAUAGCCAUAGCUCCCAGGAAGAUGGUCAUGCUUCUACAGCUAUUCAGGGAUCUACUAAUCCUUCCAAAAAUGUUGUUCGCCCUAUUAAGCUCGUUGAGGUUAAAAGAUUACCUCCUUAUACUACAUGGAUUUUUCUAGACAGAAAUCAAAGAAUGACAGAGGAUCAGUCAGUGGUGGGUCGAAGGAGGAUAUAUAUCCACAAUGGCGGUGAAGCACUAAUCUGCAGUGACAGGGAGGAAGCAAUUGAAGAAGAGGAAAGAGAUUUUGUGGAUUCUGAAGAUUUUAUUCUUAGCAUGACUGUGAAAGAAGUUGGUUUAUCUGAUACUGUACUGGAAUCACUGGCGCAGUGUUUCUCCAGAAGUCCUUCUGAAGUCAAGGCAAGAUAUGAAAUUCUAGUGAAGGAAGAGAAUGCUGUUGGGGGCUCUAACGAUGGCAAUGAAGUUCCAAAUAUGAGUUUUGUUGGAAAAGAUCUUGAAGCAGCUCUGGAUUCUUUUGACAACUUAUUUUGUCGUAGAUGUCUUGUUUUUGAUUGCAGGUUACAUGGAUGUUCGCAGGACCUUGUGUUUCCUGCUGAUAAACAACCUCCAUCAUACCAUUUAGAUGAGGAUAAUGUGCCAUGUGGCCCACAUUGUUAUCGAUCGGUUCUGAAGUCAGAAAGAAAUGCUGCAGUUAGCUCCCCUUUGAAGGUUAAUAUUGAAGAAAGAUCUGUCUCAUCAUCUGAUUGUGCUGGGGCUCAGACAUCAUCCAGGAAGAAAUCUUCAGUUCUGUCUGCUAGAAGGCGGGUAAAAUCCUACCAAAGUGAAAGUGCUUCGUCCAAUGCUAAAAACAUUUCUGAAAGCAGUGACUCAGAGGUUGGCCCCAAGCAAGAUACCACCUCUACCCACCGCUCAUCACCCUCAAAAACUAAGGUGGUUGGAAAAUAUGGAAUACGUAAAAGGAAUAGCAAGCGAGUUGCUGAACGUGUUCUUGUUUGCAUGCAAAAGAGACAGAAGAAAAUGGCAGCUUUUGAUUCUGAUUCCACUGUGAGUGGAGUUCCUCCACCUAGUGAUAUGAAGCUUAGAUCUUAUUCACGCAGAGAAAACGAAGAUGCUAAUUCCUCUUCACAUAAGAAUGUUAAAUCUCCAAAUUCUGGAAGGACUAGGAAGAAGGGAGUUCAGGAUAGCCGCAAUUCAGUGCAGGGUGAAGUUCCCAUUGUUCUAUCGUCUGAGAUGACUACUGACCCACCUGCAACCAGCAGUAAUAGCACCUUUAGGAAAGAGGAGUAUGUGGAUGAGAACAUUUGUAAACGAGAACUAAGUGAUGAUAAAUCUUGGAAAGCUAUUGAAAAAGGUCUUUUUGAUAAAGGUGUUGAAAUCUUUGGCCGGAACAGCUGUCUAAUAGCUAGGAACCUAUUAAAUGGAUUGAGGACUUGUUGGGAGGUUUUCCAGUACCUGACUUCCUCUGAGAAUAAACUCUUUGGCGAAGGUGAUGCCGCAAAUUCUCUUCUUGAAGGCUAUUCUAAGUUUGAUUUAAAUGGAAAUAUGGGUAACAAUGAAGUAAGAAGAAGAUCAAGAUUUUUACGUAGGAGAGGUAGAGUACGUCGCCUGAAGUAUACUUGGAAAUCUGCUGCUUACCAUUCAAUUAGGAAACGGAUUACUGAGAGAAAAGAUCAGCCAUGCCGGCAGUAUAAUCCAUGUGGCUGCCAAACUGCUUGUGGAAAGCAGUGUGCUUGCCUUCUAAAUGGAACCUGCUGUGAAAAGUAUUGUGGAUGUCCCAAGAGCUGCAAGAAUCGGUUUAGAGGCUGUCACUGUGCUAAAAGUCAAUGUCGAAGUCGUCAGUGUCCAUGUUUUGCAGCUGACAGGGAAUGUGAUCCAGAUGUUUGUAGGAAUUGUUGGGUGAGUUGUGGUGAUGGUACUCUUGGAAUUCCUGACCAAAAAGGCGAUAACUAUGAAUGUAGGAAUAUGAAGCUUCUUCUUAAACAACAACAAAGAGUUUUACUUGGCAGGUCUGAUGUUUCUGGGUGGGGAGCUUUCUUAAAGAAUAGUGUUGGAAAGCAUGAAUAUCUUGGUGAAUAUACUGGAGAGCUGAUUUCACAUCGAGAAGCAGACAAACGUGGAAAGAUAUAUGAUCGUGAAAAUUCAUCAUUUCUAUUCAAUCUCAAUGAUCAGUUUGUUCUUGAUGCUUAUCGGAAGGGUGACAAAUUGAAGUUUGCAAAUCAUUCUCCAGAUCCAAACUGCUAUGCAAAGGUCAUCAUGGUUGCAGGGGAUCAUCGGGUGGGCAUUUUUGCCAAGGAGCGAAUUAGUUCUGGAGAGGAACUUUUUUAUGAUUACCGUUAUGAGCCAGACAGAGCUCCUGCUUGGGCUAGGAAGCCUGAGGCAUCUGGGUCAAAAAAGGAGGACGCUGCUCCCUCAAGUGGCCGUGCUAAGAAGCUUGCUUAGUUUAAGCAUUUAUUAUAAGCUCAAAGUUUAAAAUUUUUACAUUCUUUUAACAUGUGGAAGCAUCAUUCUCAUUUACCUUGGAGAAAAGUUUGCUCUCCAUCAUUUUGUUGGAGAUGCAAUUGUCAUCUCCAUAGAUAAACCUAUUCAAUUCUUACUUUUGAUUCAUGUUUAUUCCAUUGCAGACUACAUCCACUAACUUUAGGAAAUUAGUUCAUUGGAUAAAGGGCAAUAGAAAAAGCAGUAUUAUUGACCACUUUUGUUUUGUUGCUCGUAUCUUCCUU